UCGAGAGCGGUGAGUUCGAGAUCUCCUGACCCGGUAAGUAUUCUUGUCUGUAUACUCACACCCACCCAAUUAGCUGACCCUCUCGCCACAGCGAAUGAUCCCUCAAGCCGAUACCCCCGACGACGAGAACAGCGAUCUUAUCGACACCCUUUUCGACUCUAUCGGACUCCAUGACUUGACCAAGCUCAACCACUGGAAGUCAGACAAUGAGCCUGCUAAGUCUGAUCAGCCUGAUGUCAUUGAUGACAGCAACAGCCCUACAAAGACCGUGACCAGCCAAAACAACGAUGUCGAUCAAGAUGAUGACAAGGCGACGGAUAAUGGGAAGGAUACCAAGAAGGUUGCCGAUGACUCGACCUCCCAAAAUUACGAGAAAUACUCUGACAACAGCAAGAACAGUAAGGGUAACACCCUUCCGAACCCUGCAUCGGACGCUUCAGGGUUCGCGAAGGCCUUGAUGCAGAAGAUACAGGACGCUGUCAAGGAUGCUCUGGAUAGCAGCGACGAGCAUACGCUUCACUGAGCCAUACUGAGAGUUUACCUUCUAUCUCAAUUUGUCUGA